UCAAAGCCCGGCCUCGUCGCCCACUUUUCAUCAAACCUCCAUGGCCUCCAUACGAUACACCAUUUUGCUAACAUGUCGCAUCAUCACCGAAGCUUAAUCACAGAGAGAACCAUGGUUUGUCGGGAGUAUCUCCAACGAUGUACAUCCAUUCCAAGUCUCUCCCACGGUGAAUGGGCCCAAAAGCGACUCGCAGCUUUCAACCUUUGGGCCACUGGCUCUGGCGCCAUUGCGACUACUCGAGCAUCAUCGGACGACGGAUUGACAUCAAGUCCCUUGGUGACAAACGUGAUUGUCACUUUGCUACGCUCGCUACAAGCGAUACUCAGUCAUCUCGGAGAGAGUCCGGAGAAUCAGUCUUCUGGAGCAAAUUGGGCGGCAAGCUCCACCCGCCCUCGACACGAUUCGAAUAAUUUCAACGAUCCGGACUGCGAUAUGCUGGCGGCGGCCUCCACUAUUCCUCUCGUUGAUGCCAAGAACAACGUUGAAGAUAUAAUUUGCCAGCUGGUUCGGAUUUCGAUCGCUGUUCGUAGCACAGGCACAAGAACACAAUCGACCGGAGCGGAUGAUUCUUUCAAGCCAGAUCGCCAUCCUGAACUACUGCACUUCCUCACACUUCUUGUCAGCGUGAAUAUUUCGACGAGUGCCAUAAAGAUGUACCGCAGCCCGAAUUGCGAUUUAUCUUCUUUCCGACCAACGGAAAUCCAGUCGCGACUGAUUCUGGCAAAUCUACACCGACGCCACUCCUUUCUCUACGCAGAGAAACGGUGCAAGGCCAGGAAUCGCGAAGCCUGUGGGUCAGACCCGAGUCUACAACGUCAAGGAGGGGUAGAAACUAUUGGAACCCUGGCAGCGCAAGAAUCACAAUUUGUUGUACAACCAAUUGCUUCCCCGACAAUUAUCCCUGCAGCUACGACUAGCCUGGAGGCUAAGGAAAUCGCACAGAUACGUCACGUAUCUAGAACAGCAACGGCUGUGACCCGUUCCGAGAUCUCCUAUCCAAGCCCUCCCAAUAUUCCCAUUGACCAAACGCGCUUCACCUGUCCAUGCUGCUAUCUGAGCCUCCCGCGCUUCGUAUUGGAACGCCAACAUUGGAGAAAGCAUCUUGAGGGAGAUAUUCGUCCGUACACCUGCGUCCGUGAGGAUUGCCCUCAGCCCGAAAUACUGUACCACAGCCGAGAAGAGUGGGAACGCCAUAUGUCUGAUGCUCAUAAUGGUGCUCAAUACUGGAUAUGCUUUGCGUGUCACACUUCCCCCAAGUUCGCUGAUCAAGACACGUUUGUCGACCACCUGAAGGUUGAACACGCCGAUGACGUUACAAAGGAUCAAAUCUUCAUGUUUGCCCAGGAUUGUGUGUACCAUGAACCCCUCCCAAUGCCAGCCUGCCCUCUCUGCCCACCUGAUAAUGUCAGCCCCUACGCAGACGAUGACGUGGCGAUGGAGCAUAUUGCGGAACACAUUCACUCUUUUUCCUUGAACUCCCUACCAUGGCCAGUACACGGGCAGGCAGAGCAACGCUAUGUCGGCCUGGAUGACGAUCUUCCUGGAGGAAGGCCCUACUUCAACAUCCUGGCCGAGAAACAGAACUGCGAUUCAGUGACGGCCUCAGCUUCAAGUCACGGAGAGUACUGGUCAUCGGAUUUGGACGAUGAAGAAAACAUUUGUCCUUCGCCAGCAGGAUGUGCGCACUCUGGCCCCUUGCCGGACCGCGAGAUCCCGGAUACCGAACCCACGCACUGGCAAAAUAUUAUCGAGGGUGAUCAGGCUCAUUGGAACAUUGACGCUGAUGAAGCUUGGGAUCAUAUCAGCGAGAGUAUUUACGGGAAGGCCUGCAUUGAUACGGAGGGUAGUAACGUUUUACCGGACCUUGAAAAUCCUGCCUUCGGUAGCUCAAGUGUUGAUUUGGAACAUUUUAUCAUCAAUGCUAUACCAUCUCUCCAGGAUAACUUGGAAGGGUUCAUUGCCAGCCAGCCUUUGGAUGACCCACCCCGUGACAUGGAGGAUAGAAAGGAACGAGGGCGAUAGACACACACUAUGGCAGAUUCAUGCAAAUAUCUCUCGGAUUAUUACACACGAAUGCAACCAGGUCCUGACUUGGCCCGCCAUCGCGAUGAAUCCUUGUCCAUUCCUAGACCGUCCAAAACAUCCGAAAUCGCGUUCCUGACCUCCAACACCUUCAAGCUCCGCCCUCCAAACAGCUCAAGUUCAGCCAGAUACACAUAACGAUACCAGCGCAGCGCUGGGUCAUAGCGCCUUCCCAUGGCAAGCACUUUGGCGAAUUUGAAGCCAGCACAAAGUGUUUGUUCGUGCGUUUCACCAAGAGUAUCCUUCAAACAUAGCCAGUCCUUUCUACAGCUUUCCAAGCUCUUUGUUGUACACUUUGGCGACAUUGGGUCGGCAGGGUAGUGCUGAGGGGAACUUUGCUAUGACGAUUCAAAUUCGCGCCAGGUUAGCCCAAGUAUGCACCGUCAUUAGGAUGGCUAGGAUUUUGUGGUGUGCUCAUACUAAAGUCCCAUCGCAAGACGUAUGGUUGCACAUGACGCAAGUAGGCUGGUGAGCCCACACUUUCGGCCCAUCUCCACAAUGGCAGCAGAUGUACAUCUCCGGCAUUAUGUUUGUUGCCCCAAGUUGCGGAGAGAUUAAGUGAUUCGCAGAAAUUGGGUGAAUUGAGCAAAGUUGCCCCCUCGCCAAAGGAGCAGACGGGAGUGGGGGAAGGGGCUGGCGGGAUAUAUUUGUACCCCUCCUCCCAUUUGGUGCUCCGAGGCGCAGGUAUUAUGCUGCGAAGUCAGCCCAAGGGUGCGACGCGCUGACCAAUCAGGGAUGAGAAGCAGCACACUUGGGCACAAAUAUCACACUGCAUUAUAGGUGUGUCUCCUCGAACUGAGAAUCGCGCCCAUUCAUUGGCCAGUUAUCCACUGGUACGCAUAAAUCCAGACCAGACGUCUGUUGGGAUACUAGUCGCAAAAAAAAUGAAUUCUCGAGUCACAGACUGAACGCAGCAGCCCUGUAUAAGGCUACAGAUCAACUGAGCCUUGCCUUGACAAGGACAGAUCCCAACCGUGCCUUCCCCAACUCAUGAAACAUCCUCUGCUGCACCGGCGCCUUUUGUGCCCGAAAGCCACAAUCAUCAUGUUUUAGUCAGCCACUGGAGUCCUCCGGAUAACGUAAUUCCCGACCAAUCCGC